CUCCUUUAAAAGGGCCAUCCAAACAAAACCAUUCUAAAAGCGACAUCAGGUUUUGUUCAAGAGUGACUACUGUCUUUUGUUGUCUUCUUCUUCUUCUUCUUCUUUCAGUUUCUCUCUGUCUCUGCUCCCUCUUCACUACUCAACCUCGAUUAUGUCGUUAUUUUAACCAAGCAAUGUUUCACACACUCUUGCUUGGAUUUGAGUUGAUCAAUUUGUCAUGCAAAUGUUAUGUUGCGUAGAAAGGAAGCUGUUCCUUUUGCUGUUUUGAUUGAAUUCAACCGACCAAAGUGUGAUAUUUUGGAUCCAACUCUCAUUGGAUUCUGAAAUCUGAAAACCUAGCUACUACAUUGAUUGAUUAUUUAAUUACAAUUACAAUGCCAUAUAUUCAGAAAUUGUAUGAUAUUUGCAAGGCUUCCUUGUCUACUGAGGGACCAAUUUCAGCAGAGGCUCUUGAAAGAGUUCGAGCCGUUUUAGAUGAAUUGAAGCCCUCUCAUGUCGGUCUUGAUCAUGAGGCGAAGCUGGCGCGAGCUUGGAAAGGUUCUAUGAAUGGUGGUAAUGGGAGAAAGGGGCGCAACGGAGGUCCUCAAUUGCUACCGCCUAUUAAGUACAUUCACCUGCAUGAGUGUGACAAAUUUUCUAUUGGAAUAUUCUGUAUGUCUCCUGGUUCUGUAAUUCCGCUUCAUAACCAUCCUGAAAUGACUGUUUUAAGCAAGGUUCUUUAUGGUUCGCUACUUGUGAAAUCAUUUGAUUGGAUUGAGGUACCUGCUACUGAGUCAUACGAUCUAUCCGAAGCAAGACCAGCAAAACUUGUCAGAGAUUGUCAGAUGAAUGCUCCCUGCCCCACAACAAUUCUUUAUCCAAAAAGUGGCGGCAACAUCCAUUGCUUCAAAGCUGUAACUCCAUGUGCUCUCUUUGACAUUCUUUCUCCCCCUUACUCAUUGGAAGAAGAUGGACGACACUGCUCCUAUUUCCGCAAGUCGCCUAGGACUGAUCUUCCAGAGCUGCGCGACAUUGAUCCAUCUGAAGUUACCUGGUUAGAAGAAGUUCCGCCGCCUGAAACUUUGGUUGUUGGGAAAGGGCAAUACAAAGGCCCUAAUAUUAAGCACUGAAGGAGACAACUAAUUUGUUCUUAUAUAUAAGUCAUGCUAUAUUGGAUAGGAUUAUGAUUAAUUACAGAUGGAACAUUUUGGGAAUAAUUGAUCAUCUGUUUGGUAUGGCUGUUAAUUGUUUGUACAUACUAUGAUAAAUGGUGGCUGUGAAUGUUGAUUAUGCCAUGUUUCUAGAUUACCCCUUUUAUAUUAUAACUGCGGCAUGGUAAUCUUUGGUGAUGUUAAUACCUUUUUUAGACAUGGCUUAUAAAAAAACCUUCUUUAGACAUGUGAA